AUGUCAUUCCCUACUCCUAAGCGAAAGCGCCAUAUGCCACAACCAAAUUUGAAUCAAGAUAUUAUCACAGAAAUCCUUAAAAGGCUGUCUGUGAAGUCUCUGCUGCAAUUUAGGUGUAUUUCAAAAGCUUGGCGUGAUUUAAUCUCAUCUCCAGAAUUUGUCAAAUUCCACCUACAUUUUCAAUCGAAAAAAGAUAAUAAGGUCAUGACUUAUAGCAGCGCAAAUUGGAUUAAUAGCUAUAUGUCAUUGUUUUCUAUUACAGAGAACAAGCAAUCAUCAUUUCGCAAGUUUAUUACAUAUGACCGCUUGGUCUUAAUCCCUGAAGGUGGUUUUGAAUUGUUGGGUUCUUGCAAUGGGCUCCUUUGCUUUCGUGCUAAACCGUAUAGAAUAAUCAUUUGGAACCCAUCAUCAAAUGGAAACAUCAAGACAAUCCCAGAUGUCUGGCAGUUGGGCUACGUGAGCAUUUUUGGAUUUGGGUAUGAUGAGUGGGUUUGUUCAUGGAAAAGAAGUGAAAGAGGAUUUACUAGUGGGUUUGUUCAUCCAAGAAUUGCUGUGUUUGUGAGUGGUAGUCUCAACUGGUGCAACAACAACUUACAUGAAAGUGACUGGAAUUGGGAUAUAAUUUCUUUUAACUUAACCACUGAAACUGCCAAACCUAUGGCCUUACCCAGCCAUGAACAUGCGGCCGCUAUUUGUAUAAGUGAAUCAAGAGGAUUGCUUUUUGCAGGUUUUCAUCACAAACGUCAAAUGGAAGUUUGGGUGAUGAAUGAGUAUGGAGUUGAAGAAUCUUGGACUAAACUAGUCUGCAUUUCAAACUUACCAGUUCAUCAUCCAGUUUCCCGGGGUUUCGAGAACACUACAUACAUGGCUAUAUGUAAUUCGAAACUUGCAAUUGCACAUGUUUCUGAAAAUGGGGAUAUUCUAAUGAUGGUUGGACAUCAGCUAAAGCUCCAUAGGCCUAAUGCUAAAGGGGGAAAGAAUUUUAAUAUCCCCUUUGGUCUUGGUUAUAUGGUAACUAGUUACGUGGAGACCCUUGUUUCCCCGGCCAUGAUUGGUCUGUAA